AUGGAUUUCUUUGGACGGCCAAAAGCAGACCAACAGGUAAACAAGGGCAAGGGCACCACCACCAUCGAUGGCAAACCCGAAGGCAAACCCGAGGACCAACUCACGCCCUGGGUAGAGAAGUACCGUCCCAAAAACAUCAACGACAUAACCGCGCAAGAGGAAGUCGUUCAAGUGCUGCGCAAAAGUCUCGAGACCAAAAACCUCCCUCACCUCCUAUUCUACGGCCCCCCAGGUACCGGAAAAACCUCUACAAUCCUCGCACUGACCCGCGACAUGUACGGUGCCGAAGCAAUGAAGACCCGAGUCCUCGAGCUUAACGCCUCGGAUGAGCGCGGUAUCUCAGUAGUGCGGGAGAAAAUCAAGACAUUUGCACGGUCCGUUGUGAGCCAAGCGGAUCCGCGGUAUCCCUCUCCCCCUUACAAGAUUAUAAUCCUGGACGAGGCUGACUCUAUGACAACGGAUGCGCAGGCAGCAUUGCGGCGCAUUAUGGAAAAGUACACGCGGAUUACACGAUUCUGCCUUGUGUGCAAUUACGUUAGCCGGAUUAUUGAGCCGCUGGCGAGCAGAUGCACAAAGUUUAGGUUUAAGAGUUUGCCGCGUGAGUUGGCUGUGCAGAGGGUCCAGAUGGUUGCGGAGCUGGAAGGCGUCAGGUGUGCGGAAGGCGCUGUGGCGGCGCUGGUGGAUUGUGCAGAGGGCGAUUUGCGUCGGGCAAUGAUGUCCUUGCAGAGUGCAGCGCGGAUGAUCAUGAAUAGUGGAGGGGAGUUGGAUGCUCGGAUGGUGAUGGAGCUCGUUGGCGUCAUUCCUGAGGACAUUGUGGUGCGCUUGAGGGCCGCUUGGGGCGGCUCGGCUGCGGGCUCUGCGAAGGCCGUGCAGGUGCUAGUGGAUGAGCUGGUUUAUUCGGGAUUUCCGGCGUCGCGCGUGCUCUCGCAGCUGCAUGAUUUGACCAUGGUGGACCAGCAGCUGGGGUCGUUGCAGAAGGCCAAGAUUGCUAUGCUGAUGGCGUCGGUUGACAAGGCAUUGUGCGACGGCGCUGACGAGCAGCUGCAGCUGAUGGACAUGAUGAUGCAGGCCUCGGCAAUCGUCGCCCAGCAGGCGUAG